AUGAAGAACCAAGUGGAGCAAGUAUUCGCUGAGCGAGAUAUUAUGACAUUUGCAGAUAAUCCGUUUGUCGUCAGCCUCUAUUGCACUUUUGAAACCAAAAAGUGCCUUUGCAUGGUAAUGGAGUACGUAGACGGUGGAGAUUGCGCAGCUAUGCUUAAAAAUGCUGGCCCACUUCCAUUUGAUCUCGCUCGGAUGUACUUUGCAGAGACAGUACUGGCACUUGAGUACCUUCACAACUAUGGAAUCGUUCAUCGUGACCUCAAACCUGACAAGUUUGUUAUUUUUUUGGCUGAGAAUGGUGUUUUGAGAUUAAUAGAAAAAUAUGCAGAACGGGUACCAAGAAAAAACAGUAAGGUCGGAAAAGGAUUAUCAAAAGUGGAUAUGCCCACUCUCCUGCGAGCGAACUCAAAUAUUACGACCACUAUUAAGGUAUGA